CACACGAAUACCGCGCGGUGUCCCACAGUGUCUGGUUUUGGAUCCGAAAAUUCUACAACUUAAAAUUGUUUCUAGCCAUGGUGAUGCGGAGCUCCCCUUUAACUGGCUGGAAGAACGUCAGUACCGGAUCGGACGCGGAAGCCCAUCGGCCUCCGACCAGGAUAGCGAUUCAAGUCGCGCAGGGAUACAUCUACGGAGUGCGGGAUAUUCUACCGAAUGGGGAAAAUUACUUUUACUUUAAGGGUGUUCCCUACGCGAAGCCGCCGAUAGGGAAUCUCAGAUUCAUGUCGCCGGUUCCGAUUGAGAAGUACACCGUUUCCUAUCUGGACUGUACCACGGAACGGAGCAACUGUUUGGGUCUAGAUGUGUUGACGAAAGAGAUCACCGGAUCGGAGGAUGGUUUAUACUUGAACAUCUAUACUCCGAAGUUACCGAAGAAAGAUGAAGGAUUCGCGAAAUUUCCAGUAAUGGCAUUCAUUCACGGAGGUGGGUUGGUUGGCGGUCAUGGCGAUAGCUCGAUGUACCUGCCAAGUUAUAUUGUGCAAGAAGGAGUCGUAGUGGUCACCAUGAACUACCGUUUAGGUGUGCUAGGAUUUCUUUGUUUACCUCAGGCAGGGAUAGAAGGUAACGCAGGGCUGAAGGAUCAGAGAAUGGCUUUACGGUGGAUUAACCAAAACAUCGCUCAAUUUGGUGGAGAUCCGAACAAUGUUACACUUUUUGGAGCUAGCUCGGGGGCGAUUGCCGUCAACUAUCAUUGCCUUUCGAAGAAAUCCAAAAAGUAUUUCCACAAGGGUAUAAUGCAGAGUGGAUCCAUAUAUUUGGAAUUCGGUCAUCAGGAUAAACCGGAAGAGAAAGCACGGAAUUUGGCCGCAUUGCUAGGCUACUCCCCAACGGAUGACGAGGAGGUGUACCAGAUUUUGAAGAACGCACCAGCAAGGAAACUAUUCGAACUGCAAUCCAAAGUGCUCACCAAGCGGGAACAAACUGUUGAGAAACUGUUCCAACUUCCGUUUCUGCCAGUCAUCGAGCGGGAGCAAUCAACGGACGCAAUCAUCACCAAACAUCCAACGGAGAUCAUGACCGAGCGAGACAGUAUGGAGAUCCCGAUCAUUCUAGGUUACAACGAGCACGAUGGGAUGAUGGUGCUGAUCGAUGCGAUCAAAAAUCUUAACACGUACAACAUCGAGCCGGAGCGGUUCAUUCCACGAACACUGCGUAUCGAUUACUUCAGCCCGGAAGCCCGUCAGCUCGGACAGGAGAUCAAAAAGUUCUAUUUCAAGGAUAAGAACGUAAAUCGGGAUACUUUACUGCAACUGGUGGAUCUUUUCACAGAUAAGUAUCUCCUGGCAUAUCGGACCACGGCCGAACUGUGGGCAAAGCAUCAAUACAAAACGAACAUGUUCGGUUAUCGGUUCUCGUUCGACGGACUGCUGAACAAGGGCAAGGCCGUAACGUCUUUCAUGAGUAUGAAGGGAGCCGCUCACAUCGACGAGGUGUAUUACUUGUUCAGCUCACCUAUGCUGAAAACGGAAGUGCCGAAGACCAACAAGGCAUACGAAAUGCGCCGAAAAAUGGUCCGCAUGUGGACCAACUUUGCCAAGUGCGACGAUCCAACGCCCGACGGAGAGGACAGCUUGGAAUUCAAGUGGGACCCGGUGCAGCACGUCCCGGUGGAUUGCGAGGAUAUCAGACAGCGUAUUCUAAGUAUUGGAGAGGAGGUGAAAAUGAUGGAAAUGCCCGAGCGAAAGCGGAUGGAGUUUUGGACGGGGAUAUUCCGAAAGUACAACGGUCACGUGACGAAGGCUGAUUUUCCUACCAUAAGCAGUUCUAAGAAAGUUGAUUUGAAUAAUAAUUCAUGAAAAUACAGUACUUUUGAAAACGAAAUAAAUUAGAAUCGCUCCA